UAUAAAAAAUAAGUUUGGGUACCAAUAAUUAUUCAGUGCGUGUAAGAGAUUCCUUUUUGAUCUGAUCAAUUAGGUUCAAGUCUAUCUACAGCUGUCUUCAGCCUUUCACUGCGUUCAUCAGUCGGUGUACACCAUCUUUCCUAAUUAAGCAGCAGGAAGGUGAAGGGAUAUGGAUGUAAGUGAGCCUCAGCCUCAACCUCACGUAGUGAUAUUGCCUUUCCCUGCACAAGGACACAUCAAACCCAUGUUAAUGCUUGCACAGCUGUUUUGCAAUAAUGCCAAUUUCUAUGUAACCUUUGUAAACACACAUCACACCCACAAUCUUAUACACAAAUUGAUCAACAAAACAAAUUUCAAGCGCCUCUUUCCUACACUCCGUUUUGAGGCCAUCCCAGAUGGACUUCCACCUCAACAUCCACGCUCUGGUCCACAAGUAUUAGACAUAUUCUUCACCAUGGGAUUUGAGUCCAAGGCCAAGUUCAAGGACGUAUUAACGGGUCUACAUCAACAAGAAGAAUGGUCACCACCCACGUGUAUAAUAGCAGAUGGAAUCAUGUCUUUCGCCAUUGAUGUUGCAGAAGACCUCCAUAUCCCGGUCAUCACUUUUCGAACCUACAAUGCUUCGUGCACCUGGCUUUACUUCCAUAUUCAAAACCUCAUUCAACAAGGAGAAAUUCCAUUUCAAGGAGAUGAUGACAUGGAUAGGCCUAUUGCUUGCAUUCCUGGGUUUGAGAGCCUCUUGCGACGUCGAGACCUACCAAGCAUUUGUAGACUUGAAGACGCCCAAAAUCCAAUCCUACAAUUCUACAUCACCCAAACAUCAGCCAUGACUCGAGCCUCUGCCCUCAUACUCAACACUUUUGAUGAACUCGAAUCACCCAUCAUCUCUAAACUUGGCUCUCUCUUUCCUAAAAUCUACACCAUUGGUCCUCUUCAUGCCCUCUUCAAGUCUCGAACCACACAUUACACAGAGUCAGAUUCAUCAAAUGGUAGUCUGAGAGAACAAGACAUGACCUGCUUGACUUGGCUCGAUUCUCAGCCGUCCAAAUCAGUAAUAUACGUUAGCUUUGGGAGUGUGGCCACGUUGACUCGUGACCAGUUAUUAGAGUUUUGGUAUGGCUUGGUUAACAGUGAAAAACCAUUUUUGUGGGUAAUAAGGGAAGGUUUGCUUUUGGGAGAUGAUACAGUGGUUGAGACUCCGGCAGAGCUUGAGGUGGGAACUACGGAAAGUGGGUGCAUAGUGCGUUGGGCCCCACAAGAAGAGGUCCUGACCCAUCGGGCUGUGGGUGGGUUUUUGACCCACAGUGGGUGGAACUCAACGUUGGAAAGUAUUUUGGCGGGUAUUCCAAUGAUUUGUUGGCCACAGUUAGCGGACCAACAGGUGAAUAGUAGGUGUGUGAGUGAGUUGUGGAAGGUUGGGCUUGAUAUGAAGGACUUUUGUGAUAGAUCAACGGUUGAGAAAAUGGUAAGAAAUCUAAUGGAGGGUAAGAGAGAGGAGAUCAUGAAAUCAAUAGCUGGGAAUUCGAAAAUGGCUUGUGACAGUGUCAAGGAAGGUGGGUCCUCUUAUUGCAACUUAGAGAAGUUAAUUGAAGACAUUCGAUCAAUGAGGUCAACAACUAAGAAUAUUGCUCAUGUUGGAAAUGAGUGAAGAAAAUUGAAGUAUUGAAGGAAGGCAGUUUCAGGAGUCUGGCUUGCAAUCUUUCAGAAAUUGUCUUUGGCGGCAUGUUGCUACACAUGGCCUUUAGUUUUGCUGAUUAAGUUAGAGAUGAUAUGUUAGUCUGCUUUUGAAUGUAGUUUUGGCUCUUCAUGUUUGUUUUCUGGUUUUUUUUUGUUGUUUUUUAGUGUUCUUGUUUGGCCUGCCAUGACCUGUUGGAUUUGUCCUCCUACUAGCUAGCUUGUUUUGCUUUGGAGCCAUCUUUGAAAGAAAAAAUCUUAUUGAUCAAAAAAGAAAAAAAAAAAAUUGUUUAUGCCU